AUGCAGGAUGGGAGGGCGGCAAGGGCGCGGGUGCUGCUGCUGCUGCUGCUGCUCAUGGCGGGUGGCGCGCAGAGGAUCCGAGUGACUCCCUCCCAGUCCUUCUUCCCCCUCGAGCAGGUCGAGCGGCUGACCAGCCCUCCUCCCGGCCAAGAGGAUGCGACUCAGUUGGUGGAAGCGCUUCGUUCGAUGGCGGGGGCGUACAUACUGCAUGGCAAGUUCGUGCAGGCAGAGAGAGCGAUCGCUACCUGCCUCCUCCUCAACCCUUCCGAUGCCGACGCCCUUUACCUGCUGGGAUCCAUGCGGUGCCAGGCGUCGCGUCUCGGGGAGGCGCGGGACGCGUUCACGAAAGCCUAUCACUGUCGGGCGAUCCACAACUCGUUUGAGGUGGCGGCAGUGAACAACGAGCUCUGUCCUCUCCUCCCCCUCCUCUUCCCCUCCAACUCGGUGAUGCACGAAACUGCCUACCCGGUCUUCCCCCACUACGCGCACUCGGAGCGACACUACGCCCUCCAGCAUGACGAGGAUCACCCGGCAGCCUUGCAGCCGUCGGGCGAGACGGACGAGGAGACGAUGAUGGAGAUGCUGGCGCAGCAUGCCUGGAACGGGAUGAGCAUCGUGAAGCAGACGUCGGGGGAUGCUGCAUGGAGGGAGUCAGUGGUCUUCAGGAGGCUGGUGGAGGUUGAACGAUGUAGGUUUGCCAAGCACUUCCCUAUAGUCAUCCGCCACGAGGAGCUGGAGAGAGUGUCUGCAGGAGCAGGAGGCGUCUGGUCUGCGUAUGAGGUGGAGCAGGUGUUUGGGCAGAGCUCGAACUCGUUCCUGAGGGCGGUAGUGGAGGCUGGGGAUACAGCGUCCCUGACUUUGUUCCUCCACCAUUGCCUCAACAUCCUGGAGGCGCUACAGACAGCAAACGUGAUCCACCAUAACUUGAACGCUGAAGUCUUCAUCAUCAGGGCCGAAACCCGCGCUCCUGUGCUCGUGGACGCUGAGAUCGCCGCUGCUCCUGGCCUCCCUGCUCCUUCCUCCGCCUCCCUCUCCCAUUCGCGCUUCCUUCACCUGCAUGGGAGGCCGAGCGACUGCUAUACCCUUGGCCGAUCGCUGGAGAGGAUGCUCCAUCGGCUCAACGUGACAGCCUACGACUGCGUGCUUCACAUGCUGCUGCUGUCGCUGGACGCCAACGUCCGCUACCCGCACGUCAGCAGGGUCCCCCAUCCCACCGUCCCAGGUGCCCUCGUCCCUAUCGUUGACGUCUCCAGCAUCCGCACCGUGCUGGACUCUCUUACUCCGCUCAUCUCAGUGGGCAAGGAAGGGAUGUCAGUGCCCAAGCACAAGAGCUGCUCGCUCCCUCCUCACGCGGGAUGGAACCCCUACCAGGAGGAGCUGGCGGCAGACGAGGAUUUCAGGGGAGAGGACCCGGAGGGGCUGGGGCUGGAGAGAGCGGGAGCUCCUCCCUUCGACCGCAACGCGGGGAUGUACGAGCUGGACUCGCUGCUGAUGAACGGCAGUGGACUCCCUGCUCAGAGGUUUGGAGACUUCUUCUACGGGAUGGGAAGCGAGGUCAGCUCGGUGCAGGAGGACGCGCGGGGGCUGUACAGGGAGGCGGUGGCGGGGAGGCUGGCGUUCAAGGCUGUGGCUCAGAGCAACUUGUUUGUGUCCUCCAACGCGAUCUGCUGCUGGGACGAGCAUGAGAGGGGCAGCAGGUACCAGCGGGAGGUGAUCAGGAACGCGAGCCUGUGCUGGAAGGGGCUCGCUAGGUUCUGCCCCUGGUCCCGCGCCCUCGUCGUCCCCUCCAUCGAUGCGCUGGCGCAGGAGCUCGACCUAGAAGAACUCCUCCUCCUCCACCGCGCAUGGGGCGACUGGUUCUACUCGAGGAUCACCCCAGUCUACUGGAAGGUUCUUAGCAACGUUCGGGCCCUGGCUCUGCCGGAGAGGAGACUGAUCCUGGUGUACGCGUCCUCGCACACCUGGAUGAACCAUGGGUCGCAUGCGACGCUCAAGGCGAUGUUCCCGGAGCACGACGAGGAGAAGGUGGAGGUAGUUCACCUGAUCAUGACUGGGGACCAGGAGGUGGAGCGGGCGGGAGACCUUCCGCAGCGUCAGAAGUUCAUCAACGUCGCACACAUCUCAGACACGGCAGCUGCUGAGCUCGUCAACGAGAUGGGUGCUCAUAUCCUCGUCGAUCUCAAUGGGUGA